UUUUAAUAGUAAUAGAAAAAGCAAGAAAAGGCAAAAGGGGGUUGCUGUUUCUCUGCCUUCGUUGAAUCCAACGUUAAGACAGAGAAAGAGAGAAAAUUUAGAUAGAGGAAUAGUCUCUGCAAGAUUAAAAAGAAAAAGGGAAAAAAAAACCAAAAAGAGCUUCUUGACGCUCCUCGCUCUCUGUCUCUCUAUCAUCCUUCAUACGUUUAAAACCUUUUUGUCUUCCUGUUCACAUUAUUUCUUUCUUGCAUUAAUUUUUAAUUAAUUAGCUAUUCAAGCUCAUCUGGAUAUUCUUCAGAUUCUCCUUUCAAGUCUCCAAACCAACAGCAUUUCAAGAUCGUCAUUUUUUGGAAAAAUUGAAAGUUUGAGAUAGAGAUCUUGAUCCAUGGGUAAUUGCUGUUUUACCCCUUCCGGGGCUUCUUCCUCCGAGAAGAAAGUCAAAGGUAAAAAGAAGAAGCAAAAUCCAUUCUUUGGUGAUAGUUAUGCUGUAACCAAUGGAUCCGGAGAUGUAGACAAGCUUUGGGUCCUGAAAGAACCCACUGGCAGGGAUAUUUUAGCGCAUUAUGAUCUGGGUCGUGAGCUUGGCCGUGGUGAGUUUGGUAUUACAUAUUUGUGCACCGACGUAAACUCUGGUGACAAGUUUGCCUGCAAGUCCAUAUCAAAGAAGAAGCUGAGGACUGCUGUGGAUAUUGAUGACGUGAGGAGGGAGGUGGAGAUAAUGAAGCAUUUGCCUGCUCAUCCAAAUAUCGUGACCUUAAAGGCUAGUUAUGAGGAUGAUACUGCUGUGCACAUUGUGAUGGAAUUGUGUGAGGGAGGAGAGUUGUUUGAUAGGAUUGUAGCGAGGGGGCAUUACACAGAAAGAGCAGCUGCUGCAGUUAUGCGAACUAUUGUGGAAGUUGUUCAGAUGUGCCAUGAGCAUGGAGUCAUGCAUCGAGAUCUCAAACCAGAGAACUUCCUAUUUGCAAAUAAGAAGGAAACCGCUGUGUUGAAGGCAAUUGAUUUUGGAUUGUCAGUCUUCUUCAAACCUGGUGAGAGAUUUAAUGAGAUAGUUGGAAGUCCUUAUUACAUGGCUCCAGAGAUUCUAAAGCGCAACUAUGGCCCUGAAGUUGAUGUCUGGAGUGCUGGAGUCAUUCUUUAUAUAUUACUUUGUGGUGUCCCUCCUUUCUGGGCAGAAACUGAGCAAGGGGUAGCGCAGGCAAUUAUUCGCUCUUUCAUUGAUUUCAAGAGGGAUCCUUGGCCUAGAGUUUCUGAUAAUGCGAAGGAUCUUGUGAAGAAAAUGCUUAAUCCUGAUCCUAAGCUAAGGCUUACUGCUCAGCAAGUGCUCGAGCAUCCUUGGAUACAAAAUGCAAAGAAGGCUCCAAAUGUCCCACUCGGUGAGACUGUGAGAGCAAGACUCAAACAGUUUUCUGUGAUGAAUAAGCUCAAGAAAAGAGCCCUGAGGGUGAUAGCUGAACACUUGUCGGUGGAGGAAGUAGCUGGCAUAAAGGAGGCCUUUGAUAUGAUGGACACUGGCAAAAGAGGCAGCAUUAACCUUGAGGAGCUUAGGGUUGGGUUACAAAAGCUUGGCCAAAAUAUUGCUGAUGCAGAUCUUCGAAUCCUUAUGGAAGCUGCUGAUGUUGAUGGUGAUGGAGCUCUAAAUUAUGGAGAGUUUGUUGCAAUUUCAGUUCACAUUAAAAAAAUGGGCAAUGACGAACACCUGCAUAAAGCUUUUGCAUUUUUUGAUCAAAACCAGAGCGGUUACAUUGAGAUCGAAGAGUUGCGAGAAUCCUUGAAUGAUGAUGUUGACACCAAUAACGAGGAUGUUAUCAAUGCCAUUAUGCAUGAUGUCGACACAGACAAGGAUGGGCGCAUAAGUUAUGAGGAGUUUGCCACGAUGAUGAAGGCUGGUACAGACUGGAGAAAAGCCUCAAGGCAAUAUUCACGGGAAAGAUUUAACAAUCUGAGCGUAACUUUAAGGAGGGAUGGAUCAUUGCAGGCAGCCACUUGAGCAGAAGUUGGGAGGAUAAGAUGUUGCAUCUUUACUUUGUGAUCGCCUAAACUUUUCCUCGAAUAAGAGUAACGCCUGAACGAGUUCACAGGUUUUGUAUCAGCAUCCUUAUGAUCCCUGUUCGUGCUCUGCCCUGUUUGCCCUGGUUCUCAAUCAAUUCUUGUGGAAUAUGUAGGCUAUACUCCACCACCCCGUCCUGAUUAACCAGAUGCUUGAACCCGAAACUUUACAGGCAUUGUCCUUGUCUCGAGAUAUAUCUGGAAACCGUACACCAUGUGAUUUACAAAUUCAGCAAGGUGCUGAAUACCAAAAAGGUGUUGCCCAGCACAUUACAUGCGAAGCUUCCAAACUCAAAUCAAGAACAAAGUCUUAAGAACACACAGCCCGGUUCACUUGAGUCACUGCAGUAAGGAUUUCAAGAUUCCCACCCAUUGAGCUCCUAGAUAAAUCCAGGUUAUCAAGAUUUCACUUGAGCCACUGGAUACAUCAGCCAAAACAAGGAAGACCGAGCUUGACCUGAGAUUUUAUGGUAAAUGGAUUAUAAAUCCAGCUUUGCAGAUCCAUUGCCAGAACAACCUCUUUUACAUUCAAGAGUUUCUAAAACCUUUACAUUCUUCUCAUUUCUUCGAUGAAAGCGAGGGAAAUCUUGUUGCUCUGCCACGUGGCUUGGUUCUAGCUCUUCUUCUUCUUCUUCUUCUUUUUAACGUGAGAAACUGUGAGGUAGAGUUGGAUGUAUCAACUCAUUCAUAACUUUUCACCGUUAAUGAGAUGACACGUGUAUAAGUGUUGUUUAGUAAUUUUUCCAUUGCUUUAGAACUUCUUUUUUC